UGACUCUGUGUUCUGUAAAGCUUGCAGUAACAGAACAAAAUCUUCCUCAAAACGCAGAUCUGGUACAUGAUUUGCAUCUGAAGCAAACCAAUAUUCCGAAGUCAUCAUGUUCACAUUUAAGAAUUAAAAUCAUAGAUCUUGGACUAGUGAGUCUUUCUAGCCACUAUAAAGGGGGCACUCAUUUGUUUUGUAGCUCUCAGACUUCCUAACAAGAUCAGAUCUGAAUCUCUCUGCUCGACACCACUCAUUGCCUUCUUCGAAAAGAUGUCAACUUUCUUGAUGAGGAUACUUCUUGCUUUGCUUGUCUUAGCAUUGGCAAUUCCCCAACAGUCAGCGGCAGAGUCGGAACAAUGGUGCAUAGCCGAUGAACAAACGCCAGACGAUGAGUUGCAGGCAGCCUUAGACUGGGCUUGCUCGAAAGGCGGAGCAGACUGCAGCAAAAUGCAGCAGCAAAACCAACCUUGCUUCUUGCCCAACACAAUCAGGGAUCAUGCCUCUGUUGCCUUUAACAGUUAUUACCAAACUUAUAAGCACAAAGGGGGCUCUUGUUACUUCAAAGGCGCUGCCAUGAUCACUGAGCUUGACCCAAGUCAUGGUUCUUGCCACUAUGAGUAUAAACCGUGAUUCAAACGAGACAACAAAGACGAGAUGCGGAAAGAGUAAACAGGCUAUGGUUUUGUAUUACUAUUUUUUUUCUCACUAUGUAAUGUUUUCAUCCCAAAGAAGUAUUCAUGUAAUAUACUUCACACGAAGACUGUUCUCUCAUUAUACUCUUCUUCACUCUUCGAUUAAAACCACUGUUUCCAACUUGUUCUGUACUGAGCAUUGAGGUUUUCGAUUGAAUCAAUCAACCUGGUAUUA